AUGGAUAAAGUUUCAGGCGAGUACCGAAUUCCCAAGGUCAAAAGAGGUCCGAAAGAAUCGGAGGUUCCGAAAAAACCGGAGGAACCCCGACAACCGGAACCCCGACAAACGGAACCCCGACAACCGGAACCCCGACAACCAGAACCUCAGCGGCUGGAGCCCCAGCGGCUGGAGCCCCAGCGGCUGGAGCCCCAGCGGCUGGAGCCCCAGCGGCCGGAGUCCCAGCGGCCGGAGCCCCAGCAGCCGGAGUCAGAGCUGUUGCAAUUGCAACAACAAUUGCAGCAGCUCCAUUUGCAGCAGCAGAAUCCGCUGCUGCUGCAAUUCCAGCAGCGUUUGCUGCAGCUGGAGCUGCAACGGCAGCCGCAGCAACCGCAGUAUAUCCCUUACCAGCCGCAGCCGGCCCAGCCGCAACCUCACCAGCCGCAGCCGGCCCAGCCAAAACCUUACCAGCCGCAGUCGGACCAGCAUCAAGCUGGAUAUACUGGAUUUUGA